AUGCCCACUCACACAGGAUCCUGCUUCUGUCGAAACAUCGAAUACGAGUUGCGACUCGAUAAAGACGACGAUGCUCGCACAUCUGUCUGCCAUUGCCGUAAUUGCAAGAAAGCCUUCGGAACGAAUUACGGCCUGACAUCCAAAGUCCCAGUGAACGCAUUCCAUCUUACCAAAGGAACACCGAAGGAACAUGUCGCGGAUAAUGGAUCGGGAUCGGCGAUUCAUCGGGAAUUUUGUCAGAACUGCGGUAGCUUCAUUCUAGAAUACGGGGACGCUGUCAAGGAUCAAUUCCGCUACAUCUGUGUCGGGUCCUUAGAUGACCCCGAAGCAUUGCCUCCGAAGGGAGAGUUCUUCUGCAAGGAUCGGGCGAGCUGGAUGCCGGAAAUUCCCAAUGUCUUCCACAAGAAGGAAGUGAAGGAGUAA